AUGCCUAAUAGCUGGGAUCAACCCCUGGCUAACAUGCCCCCGCUUCAAGGCAAGGUGGCCGUCGUAACUGGGAGCAACGCCGGCGUCGGACUGUCGACUGUGAAGUUUCUGGCACUUCGAGGGGCUACGGUGUAUUUCACGACGAGAACAAAAGACAAGGCCGAUGCAACGCGUGCUCGUCUCACAUCAGAGUAUCCUGAGAUCGAUCAAGACCAACUGAGAUGGUUGUCUCUUGAUUUGGCCAACUUGAAAACCGUCGUCGCGGCAGUCACAGAAUUGAAGUCGAAAGAAAAGAAGGUGGAUAUUCUGAUUAACAAUGCCGGUGCAGUCUCAUCAACCACAGACACACUGGGCCCCGGCUGGGAAUAUCACAUGGCAGUCAACCAUGUUGGCCACUUUGUUUUUACAAAUGGCAUAUUACCACUGCUCAAGGAGGCAACGAGGCAAAAGGAGGCCGAUGUGCGGAUAGUCACCCUCGCUUCCAGCGUUAACUACACAUUCCUGCCUUCGAACUACCGUUUCACAUUCGAUUCUCCGUCAUUCUUGAAAAGCCCUCUUUCAUCUUAUCCCUGGCAAUGGCGAUACGUCUUACGCCAUUUUCUCUUCGUCGACAUGAUUCGCUACGCGGUGUCCAAGGUUGCCAACAUCCUGUUCGCCCAGGAGCUUCAGCGACUGAUGGACGAACAAGGCCUCCCGAUCUUGUCCAUUUCAGUUCAUCCGGGUGGCGUGGCCAGCGAGGGGAACCUGGACAUCGGAAAUUCGGUCUUUUCGCUUCUCAGAUCAACUUUCUUUUUGUCGACGGAUCAAGGUGCCGCGACAUCUCUAUUCGCCGCCACAGCGCGCGAAGUGCGCGAGAACCCCGAAAAGUUCAAGGGUAAAUAUCUUGAACCCUUUGGCAAGGUUGUGACACCGAAUCCGGUUUUUAAAGAUACGGAGCAGGUCAGAGGAUUGUGGGACAAUACUACUACUGAAGUCAACAGGUAUCUUGCCGAGAUCGGACUAGCACCGCUUCAGCAGUGGUAA